CGUUCGAUCUGAGUUUUAACAUUUUUUUUUUCGUGUUUUUUUUUGCUUUAAAAAAUUUGCUAAUUUUUUCGGGUUUUUUUUUCGCAUCAUUUAAUUUCCGUCAAUUUGCUGGAUUUGAUUGAUGAUUAAUCAAAAGUGACGCGACAUCAAGUUUAUUAUUGUGCAGAGAAAAAUCCAAAGAAAACAAAGCGAAGAAGCAUCGUGAACUGAUCAUCAUCAUCAUUUCGAAUUUUUGAAUCAAAAAAGAAAAGAAGAAAUUUUUUUUCGCUUGCUUUGUGUUGAUAAAUACAUUCAAGAAACGAAAAUGCCUUCAAAAAAGAAACGUUUCAAUGCAAGAUUUCCGCCGGCAAGGAUUAAAAAAAUAAUGCAAAAAGAUGAAGAAGUUGGUAAAGUUGCCCAAGCUGUUCCAGUCAUUAUUGCUAAAGCAUUAGAAUCAUUUGCCGAACAAUUAUUAACAAUAUCAUCGGAUGUAACUCGUAAUCGUAAUGCUCGUACAUUGACACCAAAUCAUAUAAAAACUGCUAUACUUAAUAAAAAUGAAUUUCAUUUUUUACGUGAAUUAACACAAUCAAUACCGGAUGUAAAUAAUUUGACAGAUGAAGAACCAAACGCAUCUAUAUCAACACCAUCUGUAACCGCAUCAUCAUCAUCAGCAAAUCCGGUUUUAGCUCAACAACAACAUUCGUCAUCCGUCAUGAUUACGGCGGCUACGACGACGCCGACAAAUUCAUUAUCAUUAUCAUCGAUUACAAGUGAAUUACCACAAAUCAUUAAUAAUAAUGGUUGUAAAAUUUAUCAAGCAACACCUAUACCAACAAAAACUACAUUGGAAAUGGUUUUACCACAACCACCGACUAUUUUGGAUUAUUCAAAUAAUAAUAAUAAUAAUAAUAAUCACAAUAAUAAUAAUAAUAAUGGAACACGUGGUCGUGGAAGACCAAGAAAACGUCCAUUAGAUCAAUGUUCUACAUCAACAUCUUUACAACAACAACAACAACAAGAUGAUCAACAACAACAAAUAUCGUUGAAAAAUAAACAACCACGAUUGAUAACAACAACAACAACACGUGGAAGACGAGGACGGCCACCAUCAACUGAUAAAUUACGAUUACAAAGAAGAAAACGAAGAAAACCUGAUACAUCAGAUGAAUCUGAUGAUGAUGAUGGUGAUGAUGAUGAUGAUAAUGAAUCUGAUGAUUUAGUUGAUGAUGAUGAUGAUGACGAAGAUUUAGUUGAUGAUGAUGAUGAAACUGAAGAAGAAGAUGAUAAUAAUGAAAAUGGUGAUAAUGAUAAUGAUAAUGAUGAUGAUGAUGAUGAAACGAUAAAAUCAUCAACCGAAACAUCGAAUUUAAAGUCAUUAAAUUUUGGAAUAUCACCACCACCACCACCACCAGAAACAAUCAAUAAUAAUGAUAAUAAUGAUGAUGAUGAUGAUGAUUAUGAUAAUUGCUGAUAAAUUGUUAAACAACAACAACAUUAUUAUUGAUAUAAUAUCGUUAUAAUCUAAAAAGUUUGACUCUAAUUCUUUCAUUUCAUUUGAACAAUUAUUAUUUUUAUUUUUGACAUUUCACUUUAAAAAUCACACCUAUACAAAACAACAACAACAACACACUGGUAAACACACACAUAUGUGACCCUGUAUGACACUACCAGCAUCAACCACCAUUCAUUCAUUCAUUUUUUUUUUUUUUUUUUUUUUUAAAUUUUUUUUUUUUUUUUCCCCCCUUUUUUUUUUUUUUUUUUUUUUU